AUGUCGGAAACACCGAGAAGUCCUGCUCCAAGUAUCAAGAGCGUUCACACCAAAGCAGGGAGCCAUCAACUUCACGGGUCCGAUGCCGACGCGCAAGAAAUGCUCAUUGCAACACUACGGUCUCAGAUCCAAGACCUCUUUUCGCAAGUAACUCAACUCAACUCCAAGCUAGUCAAAUCCUACGACCGCGUUUCCGACCUUGAAGACGACCUCCACGUUGCCGCUGCCCAAGGGCGACAGUCAACGCUGAAAAUUUCACAACUGGAGCUCGAACGAACUCAGCAUCUUUCUGCACUCAACACUGGGCUUUUGGUCGAGAAGUCGCAGGUCACAGCCGAGCUUACUCGGUUAAUGGAGAAAGCGACCGAAGAGGCCGCUCAAAGAGGACAAGCGGAAACGGCCAAAGCAGACAUUGAGAAGGAUCUCGACGAUCUCAGCGCGACUUUAUUCGCUCAGGCGAAUACUAUGGUGGCCGAAGCUCGGUAUGCCCAGUCACAAGCAGACCGACGCGUCGAGCAGGCUGAAACUGCACUGAAAGGAGCGGAGGAGAUGGUUGGCAUGAUGCAACAACAAAUGCAAACGUUACAAACGGAGAAAGAUGAUGCCGAGAAGAAAGCUCAAGAUAUGCGGGUCAUUAUGGGCAAGGGCAAAUGGGUGGAUCGUCGCAGUGGCAGCAGCGGUAGUUUGGCCAAAGAGACGCGACUUUUGAGCUCACAUCUUCCCUAUGAAGAGUUUUUACUCUUCGUUGCCCACUUGCGAUCUGUCCAUCCUUCCUCGCCAACACCACCCGCCAUGACAACAUUGUUAACCAUGCCUUUUCUUGCUCGGCUUUCUUCUGAGGACUCCGAACCAACUGUGAGACUGGACUUGGCUCCUUCUCUCAAUUGGUUGUCUCGGCGUUCUGUCCUGGCGGCAAUACAUACAGGACAACUGACGAUUGAGCCUAUGUCAUCAAGCGCUCUUUUGGCGGAAUCGUCCACUUCUUCCAACAUUCCUGGCCUCAACAGCAGCAAUAACAAUAUUUCCUGUGCUCUCUGUGGAACACCAAUAUUUUCAUUACCGGAACCGAGCAUGCCAUCUCGACCACCAACACAUCCCUCUCUCAGUGGCGCUAAUACGUGGUCAGCUUCUGUAAUCAAGAAGACAUUGUCCGGCUCACCGACUCCCCCUGCCCGUUCGAUGUCGCGGCCAAAUUCACAAUCUGUUCAACCUUCCCCUGCCCAAAUCCACGUUUUCCGAAUCGCGGCUCCGUUACCACCGGCUCAACCCACUAUACCGCCGACCCGCACCGCGAGUCCGUCACCAUUUCUCCCCAAUGUCGGCGGAUCACGUAAUGCUACUCCGAAUUCACCUCCCCAGGCAUCGACAGGGCUCGGUAACCCUCUCAGUGCACUCGCACAGUCCCAAUCAUCGCCCGUUUACCCUCUAUGCACCUCGGGUUGGUGUCUUGGCCGUUUGCGCUCAACCUGCACACUUUGGGCAUUUGUGCGGACAGACAUUGUCAAUCGGGUCUGGGAAGAAGAAGUCCCCACAAUUCCCCAGCCUCCCACCAACGGGACUGCUCAAGCGCCCCCGCCAGUUCCCCCUCGGAGACGUGGAUUAUGGGGCAUGGCAAGCAAGUUGGGGGAGCGGGCGGCGAGCUGGAGUGCUGAUGCGAAAGAGAAAAAAAGCGAUCCGGUCCCUCCACCAAUGAAUUCGGCAUCUCCCAAGCCUGCUACGACUGCCCCACCACUUCCCAGAAGGAACGAAGGUCGAACGCGGAGAGGCACGGUGUCUCUGGGCUCUGGCGGGCCACCUACGUUGCCUCCUCGAGAUGUCCCACCAGCAGUCGUCGAAGAACCCAAGGGUGAAGAACCAAAGGCUACCGCAACAAUCAUCGAAGAGGAGACGACUCCUGUUACGGUCGAGUCGGAAACAAAAGCAGAAGCCCCAGCGAUCAGUGCUCUCAAGACUGAGGCAGUCCAAAAACGUCUCUCAGCUCAUCAAGUGCCUUUACCAGAUUCUCGACCAGGAACUCCAAUCGAUACAACCGCUGUUGGUGCCCCACCACCAAUUCCAAGAAGAGCGGCAGGACGUCGACCAGUUCCGCCUCCGCCGGGAACUGUUAAUGGAGAUGUUACACCCAGAGCUGAGAGUCCAGCACCAGCCCCGACGGCAACAUCGCCGCCCGCAUCGCCACCUUCACCAGUAAUGCUGACCGCUCCGUCAACUCCGAAAGAAGAAGCGCCUGCUCCAGUACUCACGCUGGGAGAGACACCCGAACAGGCCAAAGUUGAUGAUGUUGUACCACAAACUGAGAACACGGCCGUUGAAGGGUCUUUGCAGGAGAACAACAAACCGAGUGCCGAGAUUCCACGCGUUGAUUCUCCAACCAAUGUGCCAGAGGUGCCUCCCAAGGCAGAAGGCAAUGGACACGUCCAGGAAGAGCCCAAAGCCGAGGAAGAGCAGCACGCUGUGGACGGGGAUGGGGAGGUCUAUAUCGGCGACGUCACGUGGGAGGAGCGCACGUGGAAAGAGCUGAUCCGGCUGAGGGAAGAUAUGUUCUGGGCCCGCGUUGGCGGGAUUCGUGGGUGA